AAAAACGUUAAUUAUACUUGAACUUUAAACAUUUUUGUUAUCAAUUUUGCUUCAUCAUUGUCAGUAUAAUUGUUUGUAGAGGGGAGAAUAUAAAAUUGAGGUGAUCGCAAAUAUCUUCGGGUAAAACUGAAGAGUCAUAUAACGAAGAGCCAUCUAAUCACGUAAAAGAAUAUAAAAUUGUAGUGUGGCGUUUACUUACGGUAUUCAUUAUCAACGCAAUUUAUCGUGAACAUUCCUUAAGAUGCCGAAUUUGUUGCGUUAUGACAAACGAGUAGUUGUGGUAACAGGAGCUGGUGCAGGUUUGGGACGAGCUUAUGCAUUGUUGUUUGCAUCUAGAGGUGCUAGCGUUGUUGUAAAUGAUUUAGGAGUCAACAGACACGGAGAUGGAAAUAGCACCAAAAGUGCAGAUGCUGUGGUACAAGAAAUCCGCCGAAAUGGAGGAAAAGCUGUUGCAAAUUAUGAUUCAGUACUAGAUGGUGCAAAAAUUAUUGAAACAGCAAUCAAAACAUUUGGUCGUAUUGAUGUAGUUAUUAAUAAUGCUGGUAUUCUGAGAGAUACAUCAUUUGCAAAGAUGUCAGAUAAACAGUGGGACAUGAUAUAUGAUGUUCAUCUGAGAGGUGCUGUAAAAACAACACAUGCGGCAUGGCCAUAUUUUCUUAAGCAACAAUAUGGUCGUGUAAUAUUAACUUCAAGCAACAGCGGUUUGUAUGGAAAUUUUGGACAAAGCAAUUAUAGCACAGCAAAAAUGGGUCUUGUAGGAUUAGCUAAUACAUUAGCUAUUGAAGGUGCAAGGAAGAACAUUCACACUAAUGUAAUAGUGCCUACAGCUGGCUCACGUUUAACGGAAGAUGUCAUCCCACCAGACUUUUUCAAUGAACUAAAACCUGAGUUAAUAGCACCUGUUGUCUUUUGGUUGUGUCAUGAAAGUUGUGCAGAGAAUGGCUCGAUAAUUGAAUCAGCAUUAGGCUGGGCUGGCAAAUGUCAUUUAAUCCGUUCUUCGGGUUGUAUUUUACGACAAAAUUUAUCGUCUGACAUUACACCAGAAGCAGUGCAAGAAAAUUGGUCAGAAAUAACUGACAUGACAUCAGCAAAGCGGUUCAAUUCAAUUCAAGAAGUGACAGGAGAAUUACUUAACGUCGUCGAAAGCCUGAAAAAUGAUGAUUCAUCUGGAGAUGAAAAAACUGUAAUGAAGAACAGCUAUAAUUUCCGCGAUGUUAUAUUAUACGCACUUGGAGUUGGAGCUACUGUUAAAGAGCCAAGCGAUAUGCGUUAUUUGUAUGAGAAUCUCGACGAAUUCGCUGUUUUGCCUACAUUCCAUGUUCUGUACGGACCUAUGGGAUGUAUGAAUAGUUCUUUAUUGCCGAAUACUUUACCAAAUGUACAAAUUGAUCCGACAAAAAUAUUACAUGGAGAGCAAUAUCUAGAAGUCUAUAAGCGAUUACCUACAGAAGCUGUAGUGGAAACACACUUGAAGGUACAAGAUGUCUUGGAUAAGGAGAAAGGCGCAGUUGUUUUGGUUCAACAUGAUACAUAUGAUGCAACAAAUGGAGAAAAAUUAUUGUCUGGACAAAUGUCUAUAUUCAUUAUUGGUGCGGGUGGUUUCCAAGGCAAACGAACGUCGUCAUAUAGCAUUCCAGUCAUUGAUCCACCCGCUCGAAAUCCGGAUAUGUCAAUCACGCAACAAACGAAUGUUGACCAAGCCGCUCUGUACAGAUUGAAUGGAGACUUCAAUCCUUUGCAUGUGGAUGUUAAUAUUGCCAAGCUAGCAGGUUUCGAGAAACCAAUAUUGCACGGGUUAUGUUCUCUAGGAUUCUCUACUCGACAUGUCCUUCAAGCCUACACUGGUGGAGAUCCAAAUUUAUUCAAAUCCAUGAAGGUAAGGUUUGUAAAGCCAGUUUUGCCAGGUCAAACAUUACGCACUGAUAUGUGGCAUAACGAUAAGAGAAUACAUUUCCAAACGUCUGUCGUUGAAACCGGUGUACCGGUUAUAACAGGCGCUUACAUCGAUCUACAUGACGUUAAAAUGGCAAUACCAAAAGUGAAUCCGAGCUCGACCAAAGAUGUACAGAGUGAUGCUAUAUUCGCAACUAUAGAUGAACAUAUGAAAGCAGAUCCAAAUUUGGCUAAAACAGUUAAUGCAGUCUUCCUUUACAUCAUAACCGUCGAUAAGAAACCAGCAGCUGAAUGGACUCUUGAUCUUAAGAAUGCUAAAGUACAUAAAGGAAGACCUUCAGGAAAAGCAGAUGUAACAUUAACUAUAGAAGACAAAGAUAUGGUUGAAAUAGCACUAGGAAAAUUAAAUCCGCAGGCAGCAUUUUUACAAGGAAAACUGAAAAUAAUUGGAAAUAUCAUGCUCGCCCAAAAAUUGAAAAAUAUUAUGGAAGUCAACAGAGCUAAGCUGUAAUUUCUUUUUCAUUAUAUAUGUAUAUAUAUAUAUGAAUUUAUCAUAUACGUAUGAAAUACAACAAAAGCUAUGUCAGGAUUAACUACAAGUUGGGAUUAUAGGUUAUAAGUCGGGGAUGUAAUACAUACAUAUAUUGAGUCUGGGAAAA